AUGUCAAACGUCGAUGAGGAAUUGGAAAGUUUAUCACACGAUGUCUUUCACCCCGAAGCACUGGCUGAAAUCGCUCGGGCUAAGGAGAAAAACCCGAGCAUGUUCGUUUCAGGUUGGAUCGAAGACGACGAUGCCGGAGUGACGGAGGCUACCGACAUAGACGAAAACCCGAUAAGCAGAUUAUUAUGGGCCUCAGAACAUGGAAAGCGUCGAAUAAUCCGGCAAAUUUUGGCUGACGAUCCUUCGCUGAUCAACGUUCAGGAUCGCGACGGCUACACGCCGUUGCACAGAGCCUCUUACAAUGAUUUCCCUAAAACAAUUCAGGUAUACCUAGAAGGUAUAAUUUUUAAAGCCUUUGAUUUUAAAAUAUUCGUUUCGUUUCUCCGUCCCGUAUUGUUCAUCUCCGUCUUUUCCUAGGC